AUGAAUUUAAGAGGAAAAGAUCUAAUACCUGCGGAAGAAGCUGCAGCGUUUCUGAAACGAUCAAACUUAAAUGUUGCGACUUUGGGACAGAUUUGGGAAUUAGCAGAUUACAAUCAGAAAGGAUGUUUGGAUAAAACUGGUGCUUUUAUUGCAUUCAAAUUAGUGGCGGCUUCUCAGCAGGGAUAUCCUGCUUCAUGGAAUUCCUUAUCACUGAAACUUGGACCACCAUCCUUUGCAUCUAGAUCUGCGACUCCAUCCAUACCUAAUUUUGGUACAGUGUCAGCCGGUGUUGCAGACAGUUGGACAAUCACUCCAGCAGAUCAGAUGAAAUACACUUCGAUCUUUGAUGGCUUGCAUCCAGUUGAAGGGAAAGUACCUGGAGAUAAGGUUCGUCCUGUGCUGUUGAAUUCUGGACUUCCUAGUGCAUCUUUAGCACGAAUUUGGGAAUUAGCGGACAUGGACAAGGACGGUAAGCUUGAUCGUAUCGAGAUGUGUAUCGCAUUACAUUUAGUUUACUGUGCUCUUCAAGGAGAACCAGUUCCGAACGCUUUACCAUCAUCUCUCAUACAUCCAACAAAGCGUAAAUUUGUGCAAUUAUCAAACGUUCCUCCGGUGUCUUUAUCUCAAUUAGGUGGAAAUCGACAUAGAACCAGUUCAGUAGUAUCCUUAGAAAAUGCUGAGCAGCCUACACAUCUGUCUGAAAGAACACGAUCACAAAGCGUUCAGCCAACAACCGUCACUUCAUCGACUAUUUCUCCACCACCUCCUUUUUUAUCUCCUGCUACUGCUUGGCCAGUGCAGACAGCUCUUUAUGAAGCCAACUUCAAACAGGCGGAUUCUAAUCAAGAUGGGUAUGUUUCGGGUGCAGAUGUUCGUGAAAUUUUAAUAGCAACGGGUAUGCCACAGAAUACGUUGGCUUUGCUUUGGUCGCUUGUAGAUCUGAAAAAAACAGGAAUUUUAAAUUUGGAACAGUUUGCUCUGAUUAUGCAUCUGAUCGAAAACCAUAAAUGUGGGAAACCGAUACCAUACGCAUUAUCUCCAAAUUUGAUACCACCUUCAUUUCGAUCAUCAGAAGCUCCUGCAUCUGCUUUGAGUAGUGGAUACAUCACAGCUUGCAUUCCAUCUGAAAAUGAGGAACUAGAUGCACUUCGACGUGAAGUGGAAAAUUUGAUUUUGGAGCGUCGAGAAGCUGAUCAAGAAAUUGUCCAGUUAGAAGCUGACAUGACCGUCAAGAAUAGCGAGAUCAAAAAUUUAAAGAUUGAACUAUCAACAUUGGAAAAUACUGUGAUACAAUUGGAAAAACAAAAAGGAGAGGCAGAGAAACGACUCGAAACACUUGACUUGCAGAUUUUGCAUUUGGAACGAGCUGUAGAACAAUCAAAAGAAAAGGUGAAGGAAGAAGAAAUAAGACUCACUGAGCUGCGUUCGCAGAACAUAAAAAAAGAUGACAAUAAGCAAGAUGAAGAAUUACUGCAAGCACAGCGAGAAAUUCUCUCUUUGGAAGAAGAGAAGAAAAUGCUAUCAGUGACUGUAUCACAACGUAAUUCUGCUAUUGAGAAUGCUUCUUUAGAACUUACCAAACUAGAGAACAGAUAUGCAGCUGCUGAAGAGAAAGCAAAGCGUAUUGAAGUAGAAAAUAUGAAAUUAAAGCAAGCAGUGGAACGUCUUACUUAUCUAAUUGAGAAUAACGAUAUCGAAGUAUUAACUAAAGAAAGAAAUGAACUUUUCGCAGUCCUGCUAGAAAUAUCUCCUGUGGCCGGGAUGGAAAAAUUUGAUCUCUGCCCAGCUUUUCAGGGUGAUCCUUUUGCUGCAGCUGGUUCACCAGGUAAUGGAUUUGGGACUGACCCUUUCGCUGGCACCAAUAAUACACCCUUUACAAAUUUCGAUGUUUUUACGGGCAAAGAUCCAUUUGACUCCGAUAAUAUUGGUGCAGAAUUGUCCAUAGCAUCUGCAAAAGCACCACCUCCACGACCUGCGCCUCCAAAAUUGCGGCAAACUCCAAUGGAAUCGGAUCCAUUUUCUGGGACAGAUCCAUUUGUUGAAAGUAGAUCAACGACAGUGAGUGUGACAGGAAACUUUGCAGAUUUUAAAAAUUUUGAUGCUUUUGCAGCACCUUAA